AUGUAUGUCAUCAAACGCUACCGAAACCCAAGUGAUACUCAAAAUGACAAAACAUCAGAUCAGACACUAGACAAUCACCCCGGCAAGCACCGGGAGUCGGUCACCAACACUGACAUAUGCAAUGACCCUGGUGAUCAGUCGAAGUUAUUCGACAAAUACCCUAAAUAUCGAUGGCCGGCCAUACUUAUAAGUGGUGUAUUUGUAGGCAGUUUUAAUUUGGUUGAGGCCUCGUACUUCACAUUUGCAUCCACCUACUUUCAAUACUGUCCCCUUAAGGUCAGUGCCACAAAGGCCAUGGAUGUGAUCACGACGUUCACCACACCCUACACGGUGUUCAGAGGGCUCAGCAUUUUUGUGGCCAUUAAACUGUCCUCGAAAUACAUGCUUAUUAUCCACCAUCUAGUCUGUGUAAUAGGUAUCAUAUGCCUGGUGUUUGGUCGCAGUAAUAUGACCAUGCUAUACGUGGCCAAUGUGGUGAUGGGGAUCGGCUUAUCGGCUAUAAUGCAUUCCAUAUUCGCAUUCGUGGGCCAACACAUCCGUAUGACUAAUAUGGUGGGAACGGUACCCAUAGUAUUCAUGUCGUCAUUCAAUAUACUGCCCCCAUAUCUCAUCGGACUGUAUAUUAAAUCCUUUUCCGACAUGUUUAUACUGUUUGAGGCCCUUAUGCUCGGGGCGAUGUGUUUUACAGCAAUCGGUUCCGUAUUGACCGAAAUGGUCGACAUAUUGCAGACAACCACUCAAUACAUGACAAUGUUUUCCACAUUCACUUCAACCGGAUUUUUAAUCGGAUCCCUGUGCGGGUUUCUCAUCAAAUACCUGAACAGACAGCUAAUAUUGGCUGUAUUUUUGGUGAUUAUGGCGAUCGGCACAGCAUUUAUACCCCAUUCCCCUAAUCUAUACAUACUGUACACGUGCGCCAUAGGGCUGGGCAUGGGCUCCGGUAUCAUCAACUGUGUGGUGAACGUAUGGAUCAUAGAGAUGUGGCUCCAGAAGAGUGCACCCGUACUACAGAUACCGGGGCUGACCUUUGGGUUGGGGACUAUCGUGUCACCCCUACUACUGAAACCCUUUUUAAGGGAUAAAUACUCGGGUGAUUCAGACACCACCACCACUGGCCCGGGUAUUACGGUGUCGACACCUGAUUCGGUAACCUAUGCCUACAAUGAAGACUAUGAGGAGCACAGGCGCUCACUAUUAAAGACACCUUUCCUUAUACUGGGAAUCAUUCAAAUGAUUUUUCCUAUACUACUAAUCAUUAUGUAUGUUAUCAAACGCUACCGAAACUCAAGUGAUACUCAAAAUGACAACACAUUAGAUCCUAAACUAGACGAUCACACUGAGAAGCACCGGGAGUCAUACACCGACAUAGACAAUGACCCUGGUGACCAGUGGAAAUUAUUUGACAAAUAUCCUAAAUAUCGUUGGCCGGCCAUACUAUUAGGUGGUGUAUUUGUAGGCAGUUUUAAUUUGGUUGAGGCCUCGUACUACACGUUUGCAUCCACGUACUUUCAAUACUGUCCCCUUAAGGUCAGCGCCACAAAGGCCAUGGAUGUGAUCACGGCGUUCACCACACCCUACACGGUGUUCAGAGGGCUCAGCAUUUUUGUGGCCAUUAAACUGUCCUCGAAAUACAUGCUUAUUAUCCACCAUAUAGUCUGUGUAAUAGGUAUCGUAUGCCUGGUGUUUGGUCGCAGUAAUAUGACCAUGCUAUACGUGGCCAAUGUGAUGAUGGGGAUCGGCAUAUCGGCUAUAAUACAGUCCAUAUUCGCAUUCGUGGGCCAACACAUCCGUAUGACUGAUAUGGUGGGAACGGUACUCAUAGUAUUCAUGUCGUCCUUCAAUAUACUGCCCCCAUAUCUCAUCGGACUGUAUAUUAAAUCCUUUUCCGACAUGUUUAUACUGUUUGAGGCGCUUAUGCUCGGGAGGUGUAGCCACCAGUUGCUGUGGGUUGGGGUCGUUCAGAGGUGUAGCCACCGGUCACUGGAGCACCAGAUGCUGUGGGUUGGGGUCGACCAGAGGUGUAACCACCAGUUGCUGUGGGUUGGGGUCGACCAGAGGUGUAGCCGCCAGUCACUGGAGCUCUGGAACCACAGCGCCCAGACCUACAAAAUCAGUCGCUCUUCACUGGCCGUUCUCGUGUCCGCGCCCGUCGACUCCUGUGACCCUUCCCUACCUGUCCUCCUGUCCCUACCUGCACCCCUGUCCCUAAGCUCGCGUGAGGCCCAAGGCUCGCACCAGAGUCCAAGACUCAGUGUCCACUCCACGCUUGAGCCCCUUUAA